AUGAUUCGCUUUGUCUCAUUGAGUUCUCUGUUGUUUUGUGUUUUGCAGUUCAACAUCGCAAAUCCCACGACGGGAUGCCAGAAAAAGCUCGAAAUCGACGAUGACCAGAAGCUUCGGGCAUUUUUUGACAAGAGGAUCUCACAGGAGGUCAGCGGAGAUGCUCUUGGAGAGGAAUUUAAGGGCUAUGUUUUCAAAAUCAUGGGAGGUUGUGAUAAGCAAGGAUUUCCCAUGAAGCAGGGAGUGCUAACCCCUGGCCGUGUUCGUCUCUUGCUUCACAGAGGGACCCCCUGCUUCCGUGGAUAUGGAAGGCGCAAUGGAGAACGCAGGAGGAAGUCUGUGCGUGGGUGUAUUGUCAGUCAGGACCUUUCUGUAUUGAACUUGGUAAUUGUGAAGAAGGGUGACAAUGAUCUUCCUGGGCUCACUGACACAGAGAAACCAAGAAUGAGAGGUCCAAAGAGAGCAUCGAAGAUCCGCAAGCUCUUUAAUCUUUCAAAGGAGGAUGAUGUUCGCAAGUAUGUCAACACUUACCGGAGAUCAUUCGUAACAAAAUCUGGAAAGAAGGUCAGUAAGGCUCCCAAAAUUCAGAGGUUGGUGACCCCUUUGACCUUGCAAAGGAAGCGAGCAAGGAUUUCAGAUAAAAAGAAGAGAAUUGCCAAGGCUAAGUCAGAGGCUGCUGAGUACCAGAAGCUUCUUGCCACAAGAUUGAAGGAGCAGAGAGAACGUCGCAGUGAGAGCUUAGCCAAGAAAAGGUCCAGACUUUCUGCUGCUUCUAAGCCAUCCAUUGCUGCUUAG